AUGUCAUUACCUCCCGUCAACCCGCCCGUAUCGACGACCCUCCCGUCCGACUCGUUUCAGCUCCUACCAGAAACCGAGAAACCAGGCGCGGCGGAGGAUGCUCUCUACGAACAGCAGAUUAAAGAUGUCGAGGAGUGGUGGGCGUCGCCUAGAUAUGAGGGCAUAAAGAGGCCAUACACUGCUGCGGAUGUCGUAUCGAAACGUGGUUCCCAGAUGCAGACAUAUCCCAGUUCGCUCAUGGCAAGAAAGCUUUUCAACCUGGUAAAGGAAAGGGUAGCAAAAGGAGAGCCUAUCCACACUAUGGGAGCCAUCGAUCCCGUACAGAUGACGCAGCAAGCGCCACAUCAAGAAGUCCUCUAUAUCUCCGGCUGGGCCUGUUCAGCCGUCCUCACCACUACUAACGAAGUCUCACCGGAUUUUGGCGACUAUCCUUAUAACACUGUCCCCAAUCAGGUCCAGCGUCUUGCCAAAGCCCAGUCGAUGCAUGACAGGAAACAAUGGGAUCUACGGCGGAAGCUGACACCGGAAGGUAGGAAGAGCACACCAUACAUAGAUUACUUCCGCCCUAUCAUCGCCGACGGAGAUACGGGACACGGAGGCCUAACUGCUGUGCUGAAGCUCGCGAAACUGUUUGCUGAGAAUGGAGCUGCCGCCGUUCAUUUCGAAGACCAGUUGCAUGGUGGCAAGAAGUGCGGCCAUUUGGCAGGCAAGGUUCUCGUGCCGAUCGGCGAGCAUAUCAACCGCCUCAACAUCGCGCGCUUCCAAUGGGACGUGAUGGGUACGGAGAAUCUUGUCAUCGCGCGUACCGACUCGGAAAGUGGGAGACUCAUCUCUAGUGCGAUUGACGUGCGGGACCACGAAUUCAUACUCGGCGUCGCAGAAGAAGGUAGCGCACCUCUCGCAGAGACUUUGCAAGAGAUGGAAGCUGCCGGCGCAUCAGGUGCGGAAAUCGACGCUUUCGAGGCCGAUUGGGUGAAGAAGACGCGGUUGGUGACUUUCGACGAGGCAGCCGUCGAGCAGAUGAAGGCCCAAGGCGUAUCGUCAGAAAAAAUCGACUCGUACGUCCAAUAUGUUAAAGCAAACCCCAACACCGGUAUUACGAAACGCCGCGAGCUCGCGAAUCAGUACGCUAGUAAGCCCAUCGCCUUCAACUGGGAUAUCCCGCGCACCAGGGAGGGCCAUUACCAUUAUCGCGCGGGCAUGGAGGCGGCCACGAAGCGAGCUAUAGCUUUCGCUCCUUACGCAGAUCUCCUAUGGGUCGAAACCGGCGACCCGAAUGUGGAAGUAGCUAAGAAGCUGGGCCGCGCGGUGAGGCAAGUCUUCCCGGGUAAGGGCCUCGUCUAUAACCUGUCGCCAUCGUUUAAUUGGAUGGCCCACGGUUUCACAGACGCGACGCUCAAGUCAUUUAUCUGGGAUAUUGCCAAGGAGGGUUUCGUCCUGCAACUCAUCUCGCUUGCCGGACUGCACAGCACCGCUACCAUCACCAACGAGUUGGCCAGAGAUUACAAGAAGGAUGGCAUGUUAGCAUACGUCAAUCUCGUACAACGGCGCGAGAAGGACCUAGGCUGUGAUGUACUGACGCAUCAAAAAUGGAGCGGCGCUAGUUAUAUGGAUGGCAUCGUCGGAGCGGUCCAGAGUGGGAGCAGUGGGAGUAAGAGCAUGGGCGAAGGGAACACUGAAGGACAAUUCCAUUGA